AUGGCAGCUCCGCGGGACCAUAAUUCACUCUCUGAUAAUAUGCAAAACUUACAAAUUAAUCGGCCGGUGGUCAGCUCCGGUGGGCCUAUAAGACCUCCUCCUCCUCCCUUUGCACAACAUCCCCCACCAUUUUCUGGUGCGGCCUCGGUAACCCGACCGGGCUCACCAGCACCAGCACCACCCGGUGUCUUUCCUAGGGCUAUGGGGCCUCCUAGUGGUCCUCCUCAAACUACACUGCCACCAAAUGUGGCUCCUAGAUCUAUGGUCUCGCCUGUUACUCAGACGCCUCCAGCUUUUGCGGCAAGGCCUUUGCCUCCACAUCCGGCCCCUGGGUCAUUUCCGUCGUCUAUGGGUGGUCCGGUUCCACCCCCUUCUGGGUCACUUCCUAGUGCAUUCCCAUCGGGUCCUCGCCCUGGUCCUUAUCCGGUGACAACAGGUCCAGUGGUGUUUCCUGCAGGCACCAUUCCAGGUUCAAUUAGUAAUGGACCGCCAGCAUUUGGGUCGGGGAUGAUGCAAGGUGGGCCCCGUUUUCCUUCUACUGUCAGUGCAGCACGGUCAACCCCUGUUGGACCUCCACCACCUGCCACAAUGUUGACAUCCAGGCCUUCCGGGGCUCCUCCCCACCCUCCAAGCAUGAGUACUCCUUUUGGAAGUCGGCCUGCUAGUGCAUCAGCAGGUCCUGGACAACCUGCCCCACCAUUUUCAACACCACUACAGAGUGUGCAGCCCCUUCCAGGUUCCUCACCAUUUGCAGCACCACUUCAAGGUGUACCUCCAUCUUCAGGUUCUCCAUACGGCCCUCCAACAUGGACAAUGCAACCACGACAGCGGGGUUAUGAGGAAAUUCUAGUUUAUGAAUUGCUGCCACAAUCAUGGAUUAUUGCCAGCGAAGGUGGACGGAGUGGGAAUUAUGACUUCUUUAGAAAUGACACUGAUAUGGGGGCCUUCAUGAAAAAAGACACUGAUAUGAAAGUGAUUGAGUUCUCUUUUCUGGAUUCCCCAUUGGAUGGGGUGGGAUAUCCUAAGACAGUGGCCCCACCUUUACCAGUUCCUGGUUCUUCUCAACCACCAAGGAUGUUUGGAAUGCCACCUCUGCCACCUCCAAAUCAAUCUUUGGCUGAUAUACCACCUGCAAUGGGUCAUACUGGAGCUGCUGUGACAGGGCCAUCGAAAAUUGAUCCAAAUCAAAUUCCACACCCUAUUCCGAGUUCCUCAGUAAGUUUGCAUGAAACACGUCAGGGCAAUCAGGCCAAUCCUCCGCCGCCGGCUACAAGUGAUUACAUAGUCAAGGAUACGGGGAAUUGCAGUCCGCGUUACUUGAGGUGUACUAUCAAUCAGAUCCCAUGCACCGCUGAUCUUUUGACCACUUCAGGGAUGCAGUUGGCUUUAUUGGUCCAACCCUUUGCCCUUCCUCAUCCAUCCGAGGAGCCUAUUCAAGUUGUGGAUUUUGGGGAAAGUGGUCCUGUUCGAUGUUCUCGUUGCAAAGGCUACAUAAACCCUUUCAUGAGGUUUAUUGAUCAGGGAAGACGUUUCAUAUGUAACUUUUGUGGAUUUACGGAUGAAACUCCCCGCGACUAUCACUGCAACUUAGGUCCAGAUGGUAGGCGCAGAGAUGCAGAUGAAAGGCCUGAGCUAUGUAGAGGAACUGUUGAAUUUGUUGCCACCAAGGAGUUCAUGAUGAAUCAAAGGAUGACGGAAGAGGGGUGGAUCCAAGAUCUCUUCACAGGUAUCAUGGAGCUCUGUGGUUGUGAGGAUUUUCAUUAUGGUUUGAGGGAGAAGAGGUGGGUGUUGGUGGUCGCAAAGAACGAUUAG